UCCCAAAAUAAAUUUGUUUUUCAUCAGUUCUAGCUAGUUUGUGGCUAGACCAUGUCGGAGGCUGGUAUGCUCACAAGGAUGACUUCAAAAUUCUUUUCCUUACUUUUGAAGAGAUGAAGAAGGAUCUGAGAAAUUCUGUAUUGAAAAUAUGCAGCUUCCUGGGAAAGGAGCUUACUGAGAAAGAGUUACAGAUUGUUGUGGAUAUGGCUACAUUUGAUAAAAUGAGACUGGAUCCCAGAUCAAACUAUAAAAACAUGUCAGCAGAUCUCAUAGACCAUGACAAAGGAGGUUUUCUUCGCAAAGGUACUAUUGGGGAUUGGAAAAGCACAAUGACUGUAGCACAAAGUGAAAGGUUUGACAGUGUUUUUAAGGAACGGAUGAAGAAUCUGCCUGUCAAGUUUUGCUGGGAUAUUAAUGAAGACCUUCCAUCUUGAAAGAUGAAAAAUAUUCUGUGUAUAAAAAUAAUCCACAUCUGUGCUGAAAUAAAAAUUGGAACCCCCAUUGGUAAA